GCUUCCCAUAUAUGUCAACAAUGAACACCAUCGCGAGUAAUGAAGAUCAAGCUCAAGUAAAUUCAUGCUAACGGCUAAUGUUUUUGAAAUAGCUCGAGCGUGCACUUCGUGGAGGACGUUCAGCGCUAGGAAGAUACUGGAUAUGAGAUCUGAAAGCCUUUCAGUCCAGUAAUAUCAACUCUUUUGAGAUGGCAGCACGCCCUGUCUCUUAUGACAGCCAUUCAAGCGAUUCCGAAAAUUGGGAUCAAAGGACAACAUGUCGGUCUAGGAGAGUCUGUAGACGCCUCAGUGGUCAGCCGCGUGGAGCUCAUCUGGAGGGUGAUCUGCUCAAUAUGAGUCUGCAUGGAGCCAGUGGAGGAGCAGGAGCCCUGGAGCAGCACAGAGAGAGGAGGAGGUCUGGAGACUGCUCCAGAGACUCUUCACAUGACAGAGGAGAGGGUCAGCUCACCCCCUGCAUCAGGAACGUCACCUCACCCAUACGCCAGACACUUGGCGAGCGUGAGCGGGAUUCGGGCUGCUCAUCGCGCUCCACCAGUCCCAGGCCUCAGAAAGCAUGCUCCUCCAGCCUCUUCUACACAGACUCCCAUGGAAAAACCCACAGCUCUGACAUGAUCUACGUCUGCGAAAACCUCAAAGAGGGCCCUCGCAGUUUGAGGACUGCUGAAAGAGUCACUCUGAUUGUAGACAACACUCGUUUCGUGGUCGAUCCAUCCAUCUUCACCGCUCAACCCAACACCAUGCUCGGCAGGAUGUUCGGAUCUGGACGGGAACACAACUUCACGCGUCCUAAUGAAAAGGGAGAGUAUGAGGUUGCAGAGGGAAUCAGCUCCACCGUGUUCAGAGCCAUUUUGGAUUACUAUAAAUCGGGGAUAAUCCGCUGCCCUGAUGGGAUCUCCAUCCCGGAGCUGAGAGAAGCAUGUGACUACCUCUGUAUCGCCUUCGACUACAGCACCAUCAAGUGCAGAGAUCUCAGUGCCCUCAUGCACGAGCUGUCUAAUGACGGCGCGCGACGGCAGUUUGAGUUCUAUCUGGAGGAGAUGGUGCUGCCGCUGAUGGUGGCCAGCGCUCAGAGCGGAGAGAGAGAGUGUCAUGUGGUGGUGCUGACGGAUGAUGACGUGGUGGACUGGGACGAGGAGUACCCGCCGCAGAUGGGAGAGGAGUACUCACAGAUUAUAUACAGCACAAAACUCUACCGGUUCUUCAAAUACAUUGAAAACCGAGAUGUUGCCAAGUCUGUUCUGAAGGAGAGAGGACUGAAGAAAAUUCGAUUAGGCAUUGAAGGAUACCCAACCUACAAAGAAAAAGUGAAGAAGCGUCCUGGCGGGCGUCCCGAGGUCAUCUACAACUACGUCCAACGGCCCUUCAUCCGCAUGUCCUGGGAGAAAGAGGAGGGCAAAAGCAGACACGUGGACUUUCAGUGUGUGAAGAGCAAAUCAAUCACAAACCUGGCUGCAGCGGCGGCAGACAUUCCUCAGGACCAGCUAGUGGUGUUGCAUCCUGGGCCACAGGUGGACGAACUCGACAUCCUCCCAAACCACCCACAGCCCAGCCAACAUUAUGAGCCUGAUCCUGACGCCUCGUCCCCGGCCAUCUGACCCUCACACACACACAAACACACUCCACUGGUCCCGCUGCCAAGACCGCAUUGCCUUUCUAGUCUCUCCCGCCUUACACGAGUCUUCAAGACAAGCACUGCGGCAGCACACCACCUCCAGACACUCUUUCCUGGACAGAACUCAGCCAAAGCAGGUUUUGAUUUAUUUGAGGAGAUCCUCAAUGUUGAUAAUCACUCCUCACAUUCAUUAUUUAAGAGGUUGCUGUGGAAGCAAAGCCAUGGACUGGGGGAAAAAUGUCUUACAGUACAUUUACAAAAUCACAAUUUUGAGUUGUAAAAUAUAAUUUCAAGAAACAAAAGUCAGAAAUAACCAGCAACUGCAAGACAAGUCAGCUGUGAAAAAGAUGCAAUUAUCAUUAUUCAGUCAAAUAAAUAAUAAAACUAUUGCAAGAUGUCAACAUCUGGAGAGAAAAAGACGUCAAAAUUGCCAAAACGAAACUCUAAUUGGGUUUCAGUCAUAGUUUUAACUCCUUGAAUUGCACUUGCAAAAUUGCAAGAAAUGCAAUAAACAGAGUUUUUAACUUGCAACUGUUAGAAAAAAAAGUAUAAUUAGAGAAACAUGCAGUUAUGAGACUUGCAACAUGAUGUUGACAUGAAAAAAAGGAAAGUUCUAAGUGCCAGAUAUAAGCUUCAUAGUUUGCAGUCGUAUAAAUAGAAUGGUAAAUGUGAUGUAUAGAGCUUCUUGUCCAGCUUGUGACCCACUUUAAAUUGUGUCUCACUCAGGCAGAGAUCAUUGAACAGGGCAAAACACAACACAGGGAGAAUAAAUGACAUGAAACGCAGAGGCUGUCGACUCAUCAAUAUACACAGCAACCAUGCAUAAGGUCAGUCACUAAUGUCAAGUGUAUCAGCUGCCUUGAGCCUCACAUAUUUGGCAAAAAAUAAACAACAACUGCAACAUGAUGUAAACGAUGAGCUUUUAACUUGCAUUUGGGAGGAGGGGGGUUAUGAUGAUGAUGAUGAUAUGAAAAGUAAUUUAUUAAUUUUUAUGUGAUUUAAAGUCACAUUGCGAGGUUUAAACGAUGGGGUUCAAACAAUUGUGAUUUAAAAGAAAGGAUCUUUUUUUCUAUUUGAUAUUCCGUGGUGGACACCUGCUUCCAUAGAUUGUCCUAUAUUUGUGGUGCUGUUUUGCUACUGCUGUUUCACUUUGCAAUAAAAAAGGAGCACAAUCCACUGAACAACACUGCUCAAGAACUACGUCCUGUAAUGAAGCAGGUUGUAGCAUUCGUUGUAGGUUUAGUGUGGUGCAGACGGUGAAGUGGAGCCUCACUGUGAUGCAUGAAAGAGUACUGAAGUGAUGUCACGUUUGUAUUGUACCGUACUGUUCAUUCUACUGUCGUUUGUAGCUGCAGUGCAGCGAGAGAGAGACGUUCGUCUACUGCACCGAUUGACAAAUGUUAUUUUAAUAAAGCAUUGUUGGAUCAAUUA